GGAAGCAUAGAAGUUGUGCCACUAAGAAGUCGCAGAUCCAGCACUGCCUCGUCCUCUGAAGAUAAGCAUCCCCAGAUCCCUGAAGAGCCAGCAUGCCCAAAGAAGAGCGCCCUCAAAAAUACCCCAAUGGGUCUGGCUUCACCACGCGCAAAGAGUGACAGGACAUCACUGCUGAAAAGUGACACCGUAGGGAAAUGCUCCCCCAGGAAUAGCUCGCCUGCCAGAGCAACUCGUUCAAGCUCGGGACACACUGAAGUACCCACCAACCUUCCUGCCAAGAGUGGCACACCUGUUCGCACGUCAUCGAGACUUGCCUCCAGAAAGGAAUCCCAUACAGAUUCGUCAUGUGAGAAUGGCUCAUCAAGUGAAACUUCGUCCAAAGGAGGCAAUACAAGUAGAUCAUCUUUCAUCAAGAAAAUGUCCUCUGAUGUGCCAUCCACCAGCAGCGACACACCAGCAGGACCGUUGAAUGUCUCGGCUAAAGGGAGUAGUGAAUUGCUCGCUGCCUCAAUCACAGAAAUUAAAUCUCCUACAAGGUCCUCAACCUAUAAGUCAUCCCAAGACAAGAAAUCGGCCAGCUCGUCUUCAGGGAAUGAAUCGCCAGCACGGUCACUUUCACCAUCAGUAAGCAAAACCCCGGUCAGGUCAGCCUCUUUGCCCUUAGUGAAUAAAACCCCUACGAGGUCAUCUCCAUUGAAUUCUGUGAACACAACCCCUUCAUCGCCUAUGAACAAAAGAUCUUUGAGAUCUCCUUCUGUUAAUAAAACACCUGUUAGAUCACCUAUGACUAAUGCACCAGCAAGGUCACCUGGGAGACCACCAUCUGUUAAUAAAUCUCUCACACGAUCACCAGCAGUGAAUACAAUCUCUCUGAAAUCACCCUCUAGUAUUAAAUCGCCUCUCACAUCACCUACUGUAAACAAAACUCAAGUGACGUCAGCCUCUGCUAGUGAGACCUCCUCCCUGACCUCGCCGACCAGAGUGUCUCGAAGAUCACUCAGCUCUGACAGAUCACCUCUAGCUUCCCCCUCAGUCAGCAGAACACAUACAAGGUCAUCCUCCAUCAGCAAAUCCCCAGCUCGACCGCCUGCAGAAAAAGGUCCUCCUAAGCAUUCCCCAAAGAAGAGCUCGUCUCCAUUUAGAGCAGCAGACUCAAACAGUAAAGGAUCUGCUAAAGAUGCUGAGCCUGUCAUGACAACCCGCAGACUGAGGCACCGGCGAGUGACUUACUCAUUGUCAUGAGUGACUGCCAUGUAGCCUUUGCCGUUCACUGAAGGCUGUAUUCCGCUGUGGCUGUCUGGACUGCGGAUUGGAAGAGUAGUUGCUCAGCUGGUGGUGGAGGAAGUAGCCGUGGGAGGGCAGACCAAGGUGGCAGCCAUGAAUAGACGUGGUGGAAGACCCUCAUUGUGAACACUAACCCUAUUGCUAACAUUAGCCUUGAAUACUUAAUGUCUCUUUUGGCACACAACUUUGAGUUUGGGUCAUUGGGUGUGUCUACUAUCAGGAUGUGAUAUUAUCCAACCACUGAUAUCUGCUAUGUUAAGGACUUUUGUCAAUCACGUUGUUUAGGAUUUUGACGUCUCUUUUUAAAACCUGGUUUAAGAGUUUGAAAUUUGACUCGAAAGAAGAUAGUUUUUCUUUUUGUUUUGUUUUUGUUUUAUUUGUUUUGUAUGUUGUGUCAAUAGUAAAGUUUAUAUGAAUUAUUUUUGUAGAGUUCAAUUCUUUGAUGAUGUUAUGGAAGGUAUCUUUUGAUUUAAGUUGUGUAAGUCAUAAUACACUGACUGCACAGAAAAUGCUUUUCUUAAACAUUGUUUUAGAUUUUGUUCUUGGUAAGUUCUCUUUGUAGUAUUUUUCAAUUAGUAUAUUUUGAAAGUCCAUGUAGAUGUAGCUUAUUUUGUUUAGACCAAUCAAAAUACUUUGUAUUUUAUGGUGCAAGGAGGGCUAUUAACAUAAUGAAUCUUUUUGUAAUAGUAUAUUACACAUAGUUAAACGAACAACACUGGUGUACAGGUAUUACUAUUAUCAUGAGUUAGUUGUAGAUGAUGCUGUACAUCCAUUUACUUAAACUAAUUUUGGAUGUUUGUAUAAAUAUAUAUGAUACUUAAAGGUUGCAAUGUGCAAAAUGAUGUUGAAUAUAAUGUGAUAUAUAUUUGCUUUCCUUACAGUUAGAAUUGCAUUUUUAUGUACCAUAUAUGGUUUGGAUUAGGGAAUUAAUCUUCAAGAAAGAAAACAUUACUUUUUAUAAUAUUUACGGCCUUAGAAAAUGUAGUGAUGUAAAUCAAGAUUAGCUGCAAGUGAUUGUGAAUAUUGUAUUGGAAAUACACACAAUUUUACAUUCCUUUAUAAAGUCUCCGUAAUGCUUGGUAUUACUUUUGUUUUGAAAAAAGCAGCUGUAGUGGAGUAUUUACUCUUUUGUGAUAAGUAUCAUUGCCUCCCUGUAAAGUGAUCUUUGUGCCAGCUGUUCUGGUGGAAAAGCUGUGCUUAAAAACAAUCAGUAUUGUAUAAGAGUUGAACAGGACCCUAAUUCUAUAGAGCAAACUGCCUUGCACCUAAGUGUCUGUGUUCUGUGCUUGGAAUAAAGUAAUGUAGUAGGUCAUUAAUUGAGUUUUCAGUGUAGCAGAAAAGCUUUUUGUGGACAGUAAAAAUGGAAUUAUUUGCAUGUUACCCAUAGAUAGAGAAUUAUGUAAUAACCAAUUCUUUCAUGUUGGAAAUUAAAGGAUGUUUUUAUGAUAAUUAAAUGGUUUUUCAGCUUGAAAGGUUUGCCAUCAUCACAGGCCACUGUAUGCCAAACAAGAAAAUUUUGUUUACAUAAGAUUCAGUAAAUUUCAUUCAUUGUAAAUGUUUUCAACUUUUACAGCUGACCUUUUUUUUCUGGGUAGCAUAAGGAAAAGUAUCACAUAAAACAUUUUCUCUUUAGUGCCAAAACUCCCAUUAUAUAUGAAGUGCCACAAAGUCAUCAGAAAAAAAAAGAUUAAGAAUGAGCAGUUUGCAUUAUUCUUAGCAUCAAUUAGUUCUUACAAAUAAUUGCAGUUUCCCCGUGUUCAUUUUGAUGUUAAAAGAAUUGUUACUCUCCCUUGAUUUGUUUGUAAUUGUCCAAUGGCAUCUUUUGUGAAUUUUUGAUUUUGUAUUCUGUUCACCAUUGAUUGUUUUAUCAUGAUUAAAUCAUUGUCAGAGCAAUGUGACUUAAAAUAUGGUUUUAUAAGAGCAAAAAUUCAAGCACAGCAGUGUGUGUACAAAGUGAGAUGGGCACAGGAAGAAAGAAGAAAUAGACUUUCUGUUUUGUAGACGGGUUUCAUUUCACGGUUUUGUAAGAGUAUUAUCAGUUUAUUUGAUAAUUUUAGCGUUUAAAAGAAAUAUUAUGCAUCUUACCAUUGACAUCAAAUCGAGUCCAGUUCUGCUUUUUUGCAAUAUGUGCAUCCCUGUGUACGACGAUUGUGGAAGAAGUCAGGUUUACCAGAUUCAUGAAAAUAACCUCACCUUACUUUAAGCUCUGAAGUAUGUAACUAGUACUUUAAUAUUUUUUUUUAAUGGUUAUAGAUAUCUAAAAAAAAAAAGUCUUCCAUUAUUAUUGAAGGGAAUAUCAUUUUCCUAUUGAAAGAGACUGUAAUUACAAGAUGGUUGCAGAGGUUGUAAUACAGUUCUUGUAAAACAUACAUAUUAGUUUUGUAUUGUUAUCCUGAACUGGGUGUAUUUUAUUUCUACUGUAUUUAAGUUAUUAGCGUUGAGUGAGAAUUAAUGAUGAUGAUAUCCGGAAGGUGUAUUACUAAGAGCAAUUUCCUUCUUUAUACAGAACAAUAUUGUAACUAGACCAUAACAUGUAAAGAUCGGUUUUGCUAUAAAGAUGAAAUAAAUUAAAAAUCCCAACUUUAUUGUGUUGUGUUGCAUAUAUUGCCAUUGUAACAAGUGUUUUUUUGUUGUUUUUGUUAAGUAAUUUAACUGCAAGCUUAGAUUAACUGUUCUUUGCAGUACAUUACAUAUAAGGGUGAUUAGUUCCAUCCUACCUUUAUUUUUCUAUUUCUUAUUGCUUAGAUUUUUGUUCCUUUGAUUUCAAAACUAUGCCUGUGGAUUGUGCAGUAACAGCCUGCAGUGUGACUAAUCAAUAUUUUGUGAGAAUUAAACUUCAAGAGAACAUUAUUUCUCUCCUUUUUUGACAUACAGCAAGUGUGGAAAAAAACACAUGGAAAAAUAGAGAGAGAGUUUAGGUUGACUGGAAGAGUUUAAUUUGUCUAAGCUGCUUACAGUGUGAACACUAUGAUUCGUACUUAGAUAAAAUUAAAGAUUUUUCUCAAGAGUUGCUUUUUGUCUUUCAUUUAGUUUUUCACAAUUGUGUAUGCAUAUCAUUAGUCCUUAUACUUCUAUAGAUAUUUGAAAAGUAAGAUUGAACGUGUUUGUCCUACAUAUGAUUCAGGUAUUGACGAUAGAGCGACAAACUCAAGGAAAAGGGGUGCUUGGGAUAUGUAGAUGGCAAGUAUAAUUUUUGUGGAGAAUUUUAUUGAGGAGGAAUAUUAAGCUAGUCACAUGUGCAAUAAAUGACUUGAUGUGACAAAAAGGCUUGUUAGUCAUGUACCAUAAAAGAUUGAAGUACUCUGUGAUCUUAAAGAAUAUCAGACCAUACAGAUAAGUGAGGGA